AUGGCUAAUGGAUAUACUGGCUCCGGUACUGGAGGAGAUAUUAUGAAGGUUGAUUUGAAUAAGCAAUUCGACAAAGCAGAUAUGACCUGGAUCGGGGUUUCUGCUGCUCUUGUGUGGUUAAUGAUUCCUGGGGUUGGAUUACUUUAUUCUGGGAUGGCCAGGAAGAAACAUGCUCUUUCAUUAUUUUUCGCUUCGAUGAUGGCUGCAUGUCUUACUGGAUUUCAAUGGUUUUUCUGGGGUUACUCAUUAUGUUUCUCUCACGAAACAAAGUCCGUCUUUUUGGGUAAUUUACAUAAUUUUGCUUUAAUGAAUGUAAUGGGGGCUCCGGCCGUGGUUAGUUCGGUCCCCGAUAUUUUAUUUUGUCUUUAUCAAGGUAUGUUUGCUGCAGUUACUGCCAUUUUGAUGGUUGGUGCUGGUUGUGAACGUGCUCGAUUGGGUCCAAUGAUGGUUUUUCUUUUCAUUUGGCUUACUGUUGUUUACUGUCCAAUUGCUUUUUGGACUUGGAAUACUCAUGGUUGGUUAGCUACUUUAGGUGCUUUGGAUUUUGCCGGUGGUGGGCCAGUUCAUCUUAAUUCUGGUGUUUCUGCUCUUGCUUAUUCUCUUUUAUUAGGUAAGCGUCAUGAUCCGGUUGCAAAUGGUAAAGUUCCUAAAUAUAGACCUCAUAGUUUUACCACUUUAGCCUUGGGUACUGUUUUCCUUUGGUUUGGUUGGUUUGGUUUUAAUGGUGGUUCUACCGGUAAUGCUUCCAUUCGUUCUUGGUAUGCUUGUGUAAAUACUAAUAUUGCUGCUUCUACCGGAGGAUUAACUUGGAUGUUUAUUGAUUAUUUUAGAACUGGUGGUAAAUGGUCCAUGGCUGGUUUAUGUUGUGGGAUUGUUGCCGGUUUGGUUGGUAUCACUCCUGCUGCUGGGUAUGUUAAUGUUUAUACUUCGAUUAUUUUCGGAAUUGUACCUGCUUUUGCUUGUAAUUUUGCUGUUGAUUUAAAAGAAAUUCUUCAAAUUGAUGAUGGGUUAGAUGUUUUCGCUCUUCAUGGUGUUGGUGGGGCCACCGGUAGUAUUUUGACCGGUUUAUUUGCUACCAAUUAUGUUGCUGCUUUGGAUGGUUCAGUUGCCGAUGGUACUGCUCUGGCUAUCGAUGGUGGUUGGAUGAAUCAUAAUUAUGUUCAAUUGGGUUAUCAAUUGGCUGCAGUUUGUUCGGUUUUAUUAUGGGGGUUCUGUGUUACUUCAAUAAUUUUAUUCAUUUUGGAUAAAAUCCCAUUUUUACGUCUUCGAUUACAUGAAGAUGAAGAAUUAAUUGGUACCGAUCAAGCCCAAAUGGGUGAAUUGGCUUAUUAUGACGAUUCCACCGAAGAUGACCAUAAUGCUUAUGUGAUUGAACCAAUAAGAUCAACCGAUGCUAAUAUUGCAAAAUUAAAAGCCCAAACUUCUAAAAAAGAAGAAGAAAAAAAUAAUAAAGAACCAGAAAUCAUUACUGGAACUGCCAAUGGACACGAUGAAUUAAGUCCCGAUGAAAAUAGUGAUCAAUCAAGUAAACAUUGA